AUUGUGACGACGGGACUUUUGUUUUAAGGUGUUAGUGGUUCCGGUAAGACAUACGCUUCGAUGUUGCUGUUGAGACAGUUGUUCGACGUGGCCGGAGGUGGACCCGAAACGGAUGCUUUCAAACAUUUGGCCGCCGCGUUCACAGUUCUUAGGUCAUUAGGAUCCGCCAAGACGUCUUCAAACUCGGAAUCCAGUCGAAUCGGUCAUUUUAUCGAAGUACAGGUGACCGACGGUGCUCUGUACAGGACUAAGAUACACUGUUAUUUCUUGGACCAAACCCGAGUAGUACAUCCGCUGCCAAACGAAAAGAACUAUCAUAUAUUUUACCAGAUGUUGGCUGGCCUAUCUCAGGAAGAAAGAGUGAAAUUAAACUUGGAAGGAUAUUCACCGACUAACCUCCAGUACCUGAUGCAGGGCGACACCAGACAGGACGAAGCCGAGGACGCGAUUAGAUUUCAGUCGUGGAAGUCGUGCCUAGGUCUCCUCGGCAUUCCGUUCAUGGACGUAGUGAGGGUUCUGGCUGCGGUACUGCUUUUAGGCAACGUCAACUUCGCGGACAACGGGUCUGGCGAGGUGGUGGCCAAAGGUGAGACUGAAUUGGCGUCGGUGGCCCGGCUACUGGGCAUCACGUUCUCGUCGCUCUUCCGUGGCAUCACUACCAGGACACAUUCCGAAACUACUCGGGGGAAUACCCAACUGAUAAAAACCACCUGCGAUGCUAACAUAGCCAAUUCGAUAAGAGACUCUCUGGCCAAGGCGUUGUACUGCAGGACCGUGGCGACCAUCGUGCGCCGGGCGAACAGUCUGAAACGACUGGGUUCGACGUUGGGCACGUUGAGUAGCGACUCCAACGAUUCGGUUCAUAACCAGGCUGAGGUGGCCAGUCAGCACGCGUCCACCAUCGGCACGGCCGGUUCCAAGUCGAGCAAGUCGAUGGCUGCGCUCAACAACGCCGUAAACAUCGCUAGGCACGCCACGGAUGGGUCCAUCGGAAUCUUGGACAUGUUCGGGUUCGAAGAGCCAAAGAACUUAAGGAAACAAAUAAAAAGAUUUGGGGAAAAUGCAUACAUUUUGAUAGAAGUUCACAACAUUCAGAAGGUAAAACAAAGAAUUGAAAUGUUUCAAUUGUAUAAUAGAUUAAUGUAUCUAACAGAAGAACCUUGAUAAUCUGAAAGAAUU